AGCGGCAAGAGCUUUUGGAGAAUAUCUGUCACAAAACCAUCCUGAAAGUAGAAACGGCUCAGAUCACCUGUUAGCAGACUCCUACAUCGGACAGGAGGAUUCCCCUGAGAUGCAGCAGGCGGCACAGAACAAGCGCAGGCUCUCGGUCAUCUCGGACGGCAAGUUUGAGAGGAGCUUCUCCGAGGAGCAGGCAGAGAAGAUGCCAAGCGAGGGCCCCAAACCGCGGGUCUACACCAUCUCCGGCGAGAGGCCGAUGCUGUCGGACCACGAGAACGAAAGCAUGGAGCUGGUGGUGAUGAAGGGGGCUGCCCCAGAGGAGUGCCACCACGGCCAUCACAUGCACGGCGCCGGCGGCUCUCACGGCGUCGGCAGGCACUGCAAGGGCUGGCCUGGCAGCCGGCAGAGCUCCAAGGAGUGCCCAAACUGUGCCCGGCUGGCGGCCCCUUCCCAGAAUUCCUUUGACCUGGAGCACCAUCAAUCCGGCGAGACCGGGUGGCACAGGAAAAGGCUGGAGAGGAUGUACAGUGUCGACCGGGUGUCUGACGAUGUCCCCAUACGAACCUGGUUCCCAAAGGAGAACCUCUUCAGUUUUCAAACUGCUACUACAACUAUGCAAGCCAUCUCGGCGUUCAGGGGCUACGCAGAGAGGAAGAGACGGAAACGAGAGAAUGAUUCUGCAGCUGUUAUACAGAGGAAUUUUCGGAAGCACCUCCGCAUGGUGGGGAGCCGAAGGGUUAAAGCACAAACAUUUGCCGAACGGCGUGAGAGGAGCUUCAGCAGGUCCUGGAGUGACCCGACUCCCAUCAAAGCUGAUUCCUUCCAUGACUCUCGAGAAAGCCAUGACCUUCAGGAUUCCUGCGGCACUUUGGAUGGUGACUUUGACUUGAACUGGGAAGCAGAAAAGGAACUUGAAGCCAUGGCAUGUGAUGGAGAAGACUUUAUUCCACCAAAAAUAAUGCUCAUUUCUUCCAAGGUGCCCAAAGCAGAGUACGUCCCGACAAUUAUCCGCAGGGACGAUCCCUCUAUCAUCCCCAUUCUCUAUGACCACGAACAUGCCACCUUUGAUGACAUCCUAGAGGAAAUAGAGAAGAAGCUUAGCAUUUAUCGAAAAGGCUGCAAAAUCUGGAAGAUGCUGAUAUUUUGCCAGGGAGGUCCCGGUCACUUGUACUUGUUAAAGAACAAAGUUGCCACUUUCGCCAAAGUGGAGAAGGAGGAAGAUAUGAUCCUCUUCUGGAAGAGGCUGAGCCGGCUGAUGAGUAAAGUCAAUCCUGAACCAAAUAUCAUUCACAUCAUGGGCUGCUAUGUUCUUGGAAACCCCAAUGGGGAGAAGCUAUUUCAGAAUCUGAAAAACUUAAUGAAUCCUUAUAGGGUUGCCUUUGAGUCUCCACUUGAACUAUCAGCUCAAGGUAAGCAAAUGAUUGAGACUUACUUUGACUUCCGCCUUUACCGCCUCUGGAAGACCCGCCAGCACUCUAAGCUAUUGGAUUACGAUGACAUUUUAUGAGCUGCAGAAGACUUUGCGAGAGGAAGUUGAUCACCGGUGUCCAAGAAGUCGUGCUUUUUGCAGAGAGACUUUUUUAUUGGCACGGGGAGCCCUUCAAAGCCCUACAGGAGGCAGCAGUGCUAAAGGGAGGGGAGAAGGAGCCCUCGGAAGUGUGUCCAGAGGAGCCUCCUGGGUCAAGAGAGACUGGAGGGAACGGGUUUGACACCUCGCUCGCCUCAGGUCAGAGCCGUGGUGUCUCAGGAGGAGCUGUGCGAAACGAGGACAGGAUGGAGUUCCUUGCAGAACUGAGCUGAUUUGGGUCAGAAUGGGCCAGAUUUGAUUCCAGGUCCUUUUAAAGACUUUUAAAGCUCAGGUUUUCUUACAAAAAAAAAAAACAAAAAACAAACCAAUUACCCAUGCACUACGAGGAAGAAGUGAGCAGAGCACAGGGGACGGAGGGGUUUGUACUGAUGGGACCUUCUGUGCUGGGGAUGCUGGAGAGCAAGGACUGCUACACCUACUCCUGCAAGCUUAGAUCAAGGCGAUCCAGUUUCGAUGUGAAUAUAUCCUGGAACAUAGAAUUGAAAUCUAACUUCUCUUUUUUUUGGUUUUGUUUAAUAGAAAAUAAGUGCAAUUUUUAUAGCGACGGGGGGGGGGGAAAAAAAAAACCCUCCCGAUAUUUAAUUAGUGAAAAAUAACACACCAGUAACCAAUAGAUGAGGUAUUUUUGGUCUGCUUGAAAAUAUAUUCAAAAUGGUAAUAUAUCUUCUGUAGACGUAUUUAAUCACCAGCAAACAUGGUUUUAAC